GAUAUUUUUGGCUGCAGUAAAGGUAGGGCCAAUGUUCCCCAGACCACAGCCUGAUCUCAUGAGGCAUGUGUUAGUUCUCUCUCUACUUCAACACACCUGCAUCAAAUGGUGGCUCAUUAGAGGACCUCAGGAGAAAUUCUGAGGAAGAAGUUACUACCACCAGGCAUAGAACCCUCCUUUAUUAGCACACAAGCUACAGAUUCUUUGAAAUGUAAAAGAUUCACCUUCUCCAAGAAGUGAAAAAAACACUUAUUAUGAUGUCAAGUUGAAGAUCUGGCUCUGAUGAUCAAUACAUUCUUGACCACGGGUUUCUGAGGGUCUUCAUCAUCCUCAUCUUCAUUGUUGCUACUCCUACCGUUGGCCAGUAACGUAUCAAAACCUUACUUCGUAAUGGCAACAAUGGACUUCAAGUUAAGAACUAAAAUAGGUCCGGCUGUAGGCUAAGAUUCAGUGUCUUCUAAACCCCAGAGUCGGUUGUGGCAGAUGGCUGCUCACACUGAGCCGGGUCCUGCUGGAGGUUCACAACAUGCUCAUCCAGGAAGCAUGAAUGCUGCAGGGGUGAGGCAGUUGCACUCAAGCUAAAGAAAUUCGUUAGAUCUGUUAUAGCAAAGGAAUCAGAAGAUGGAAGGGAAAAAAGGGACAACACAGAUUCCGGAAGAAGGAAGAAACACAAAGAAGAGGAAGAAGUAGCAGAUGUGUUGUGCAGGAUGUUCUCUGUUUGACCACGGCCUGCUGCUGAAAGCCCUACAUUCAUGAGAAGGCAACAGAAAGAAGAUUACUGGGGGAUUAAACACAUGCACACGUGUGCACACGCAAACGCAGGGGUGUACUACGGUUCUGGGAUUUAACUUCCAUCCAACUGAUCUGAAUGAACUUCCCUGACUGACUGAGAGACUCUAAAAGCAUCAUGGAAGAAGAGGAGGAGCCAACAGAGGCUCACUGAAUGUACUGCCGCUGACCCCACCUUCUUUCCACCUGUCUCACCAUCAAAGGCUUGGAAAGCUUUAAAUUACCAAGUUGACUGUCCCACAAUGUGUUGACACUUAGCAGUAGAAUUAGCCUCACCUAUUGCUUGCAUGUAUCUGCCAACCCCUGCCCUGAUUUAUUUUAAAAAAGACUAGCUGACAUUUACAUCUGAGAGAUCCAGAGAAAGCUUCAUUUUUUUUUAUCCUGCAGCCAUAGCAGAAAAAAAACACCAAGUGUUAAGAGGAAGAUGCUGAAGAGAAAGUGAUAUUUUUAAACCUUUGCUGUGGAUGCCUUACCACCACAGGCUUACACAUGAGACUGAAGGAUGACUGGCAAAACCACAUCUUUGAUUCCUUUAAGUUUAGAAGUUCUGUUUUUAGCUCAAGCUCUUCUUUUUUUGAAUUACAUCAACAACAAAGAAAUAUUCCUAUUGCGUUGUUGUUUAUGCUGAGAUGAGUAACAGAUCUGAUGUGAGAAUUGCCAGAAGGAGAUAAAGAUAUGUUUUAUUUUUGCUGCAGCACAUCUCUUUUCAUGAGGAUGUAAACCAGAUGUGACUUUUCCAAAAUAUUUUGGAGUAUAUGAGGCCUUAACAACAAGAAAUACAUUUCCACGCCAUAGGUUCCUAAAAAAAUUGCAGAUGACAAUUCACCAGCAAAAUGUGACAUCUUUUGUAUAAAACAAGAACAGUCCUAUCCCCUCAAACUGACCUGCAAUGGCCAGCCAGGCCACCCCUUUGUUUCUCCACGGCUUUGAACUCAGCGGUCACUUUGUUGACCCUCAACCUCUUGGCACCGGUGUCACGGGGCUGGUACUGUCUGCUGUAGACCAGCGCACUGGACAGCGAGUAGCUAUUAAAAAGCUGUCAAUGCGAGAUGCAAUCACAGUGAAGCAUGCCCUGCGGGAGGUAAAAAUCACCCAACGACUGCACCACGAGAACGUAGUAAGUGUCCACGAGGUCUUAGCGCCAUAUGGAUGGCCGCUGCCCCAUGACCCAUCCCAUCUUAGUGCCCUGUACAUCAUCCAGGAGUGCAUGGAGACCGAUCUGGCCCGGUUACUGGACCAGGGACCACUACCCACAAGUCAUGCCACCCUGCUGUUUUAUCAGCUGCUGAGGGGCCUAAAGUUCAUCCACUCAGCCAAUGUCCUCCACCGAGACCUGAAGCCUGCCAACAUCUUCAUCAACACAGACCAAAUGCUGCUCAAGAUCGGAGACUUUGGUCUUGCCAGAAUAGUGGACCCCCAUUAUUCUCAUAAGGGCUAUCUGUCUGAGGGUUUGGUGACUAAGUGGUAUCGUUCCCCCCGUCUGCUCCUAUCCCCCAACAAUUACACGAAGGCCAUAGACAUGUGGGCUGCUGGUUGCAUACUGGCUGAGAUGCUCACUGGUCGCAUGCUGUUUGCAGGAGCUCAUGAGCUGGAACAGAUGCAGCUGAUUCUCGACACAGUGCCAGUACUGAGAGAGGAGGACAGGCAGGAUCUCCAACAGGUGAUGCCUUCAUAUGUCAGUCAUGGAUGGAGAAUCAAGAAACCCUUCUCGGAGUUGCUGCCUGAAGUGGAUCCUUGGGCUGUGGAUUUUCUUGAGCGCAUCUUGACAUUUAACCCCAUGGACCGUUUGACAGCAGAAGAAGCUCUGUCCCACACUUUCCUUCAGCAGUACUCCUGUCCUGAGGAUGAGCCUGUCUCCUCACAACCUUUCCACAUUGAGGACGAGCUGGACAGCCUCAUCAGCAAGCAGAGCGUGAGCAGCAGCGACAGUCAGGCCUCCAGUUUUCACUGGGAAAGGUACGAUAACAAUUUAGCAACCAACAUAUGGUCACCAUACUCAGGCGAGAGGUGUCGGUGCUUGCCCUCUGGUCCUAUUCCAGCUGACCUGGGAGACACCAUAGAUAAUGAAGAGGUGCAGCGGGACCCCAGGGCCAGUUCCAGCUCUCUGACAGAAGAGGCGCAGGUUGACCCCCGCAAAUAUUCCCAUAGCAGUUCAGCUGAGCGUUUCCUGGAGAGCUCCCACUCGUCUCUGGAGCGGGUCUGUGCUUUAGGAUACGGGGAGCUUGACUGCGGUCGCUCCUGCGAUUACAAAGUGGGCUCUCCUUCAUAUCUGGAUAAAAUUGCGUGGCGAGAGGGAAAGCCCCAGCACUACUCGGAGCCUAAGCUGAUUCUGGAUCUGUCUCACUGGAAGCGUAACACUGGCAGACUCCCUGUGCCUGCUGAGCCCAUUGGUGGCAGCAUAGAGGACCUAGGAGAGGUGAGGGUGGAGGAAGCAGAGGAAGAAGAGGAGGAAACUGGGGAUUUGUUCCAGGAAAUCACUCGCUGGGUGGAGAGUGCUCAUUCUCGUCUGCACUCACCCAGUACCAGUCCAUUAAUGGCCUACUGCUCACCCUCCUGCUACACCUCCUCUCCCCCUCUUCCGCUGUCUCCCACGGACCUCCCAGCUCCUGUCUUCCACUACAACGAACACAUCUGCCCUCCAUCAGUUGACUAUGACGAGGACAGACUGAGUCCCCUUCCUUCCAGCACUUCUUCCUCUAAUACCCUCCCCUUUCUCUUCCCAUCAUCGCCCACAGCUAUAUUUUCACCUCAAACAGCAUCGCCACCAUCUACUCCACUUGUGCAGCUCCCAGAAUCUCAACCGCUGUCCUCUACCUCCUCUAUAUCGCAGUCUCCUAAUGCAGACUCCACAGAGUCUCUGCAAGUCAAGCAAAAAGAGCGCUUGUUUGACCUUGAUGUGUUCAUAUCCCGAGCUCUGAAGCUGGUCCGGCAGAAUAAAGAGAAAGUUCAAGUGAAGAAAGGAAAAGAUGAAGGCUGGAUGGAGGAGAGCAAAACAGCAAGCAUUAAAGGAAAGGUGCCCCGGCUUUCAGAGCAUAGGACUUCCCCAUCACAGACUCCCAACUCCUAAUCUCAGUUCCAGGGUUAGCAUAAGAUAACUAUAAAAAUAGUCACACUUCAAAAUAUACUGCAAAUGAGGGAUGUUCUGCAUUCUACAGUAGCAGCUUGUCUUUUUAGCACUCCUUUGGCUUCAAGGCAAACCUUCAGUUUAAAAACAGCAGCUGUGCAGCUUUGGUUCUCAGGCAAUAAAAGCUAAGAAAAAACUUGAGUAAAAUAUAAAUCAACACACUUGGCUCUAUAAAUACUAAACAUUUACUCAAUGUGAGUAGAUCUGCUUUAUGCCUGUUUCUAUAGGUAGUAAAGCUAACUAUCAAUCAUUCAAGACUUGAUGAUCACUAUGAUGCAUUGUCUUUGUACUAAAACUUGGAUUUAAUGAGUUCCCAUUAGGAAAUACAACAUAAAUGUCCCCUGAAGUCACAUCUCCUGUCAGUAAAGACAGUGGUCUCUUGGUGUGUUUAAUUUGUUUUUGGAAGUCCAAGCUCUGAUAUGAGAACGUCGCACACGAGUCGGGUAAACAAGAAUGUACCCUAAAGUUAAAAUUAUGACAAAAGCAGGUCAGAGGUUUCCUGUUAGUUUUUCUCUCAUGUUGACACUGAUCACAAAAUGACGCUACACCUGAGUUUUGUACAUUCCAUUGUUGUGUUCGCUUAUCGAUAAGAAGUUAGAUUUUUGGAAUUCCAAGUUGAGAUGCAACAAGAAUGUCAAAAUUCUAACUGUGAAACUGUUUGAGAAUAAGUAAGCAUAGCGUCCAAUUCUCCCUGGGUGUUGUUGUAUAUCCAACUGGGAAUUCUGGGAAAUCUGACUUUAGAGUACAAAAACAAGUCACAAUCUAAGCAGCCUCGAGUUCAGUCUCCAUUCUCAAAAUUAUAUAAAAUAUAUUUAAAACAGUGAAGGUUUCAAGAAUAAACUAUUGACACUAUUAGUCCGUUUGUAUCUAAUGAAACUUGUGACACAUUCUAAUGCACAACCUCUGAUUUUGAAAGUGCUCCUUUGGUAAUUAAAUGCAUUCAAGAGAGAAAAUCAAAUUAUCAGCGUAGUGCCAAGGCUCAAGCUCCAACCUAAUCCAAUGCAUCAUAUACAUGUCACAAAAUAUUUGUCACUGAUAACAGCAAUCUUAGACUCUUAUGAUGUGCUUAAAACCUGCUGUAAUUAGCUUUCUAAACUCCAUCCUGUUAACUCUUGAAAGAAUCUGUCAGUCUUCCAAUAACAUUUACCAAACGCAGCAAAAGCUUUUUCUAAGCAUUUGAAUGUAUUAACUAAGAAGUAACUAGACAGAGUGUGGUGUGAUCGACUGUUAGUUUUAUUUAUUGCUGUUUUAACACAAUAAAUGUUAAAAUAGCAAUAAUUGCUGUUUUAACAAUUAUUGUUAAAACAGUAAUUGUUUUAACAAUUACUCCCCAAUUGACUUACUAAGUUUUAACAAUAGAAUCUUGUAUAAAGUUAUGUUCAUAUUGGAAUUUAAAGUACAUGUAAUAAAUUAGUAGACAUUUUCUGGCUAAGUAUUAGAAAAUAUUAUCUUUUUAAUGAUUAUGGAGUUAGGUAGGAUUUUGUUUGAAUUUGGAAUGAGCUAAUCUAUGGUAGUGCUCUAUGAUUCUUCUGCCAGCAGGACUCAUUUUUAAACAUGCAAUUUGUUUCCUUCUCGAUGCACCAAAUCUGUUCCACAAUGAAAACAAAGUUCUCUUCCACGGCUACGGGCCUAAAUACCUUCGGCUCACUUCAAUGUUAGCAACAGAAAGCUGUAGCAUGAGUAACACUGAUCUAUAUUUUGGGAAAUGCAGAGUCGGCCAAGUAGCUCUAUUUAUAAUGUACAACUUUUUCAGAACCCUUUUCUAUUUAUUAGGUUGUAGAUGCUUCGGUCUUAUUUGUUUGUUUGUUUGUUUUUUAAUAGCAUUUUUACUCUUUCAUUUGGACUGCACACUUAUUGGCAACCCCCUAAAAAUAAAUGCUUUUUUUUUUUUUUUUUUUCAGAAUUUAAUGUUUCAGCUGUAAUUUUACAAUAGGAAAUUUUAAUAAAAUUGGGGCCAAUAAUUGUGGAGGGUGGUGCUGCUGAAAUGUGCUGUAUGGCUGUUGAAAAAUGCAGCUAAGUUCAAUAAAUUUUUCAUACAUCCUCUGACAACGGUUGUAACAAGUUGAAAUGCAAUGCCUUGCUGUGAAGUUAUCGUUAUCUGUAUGCAGAGUGCAGUUGCACCUGUCCUGGAGUAACGCUCUAGAGAGUACCAGAGGUAAAAUUCUGAGCUCAAAAUACACUGCCAGCAAUACAAAACAAGCAUGUUUAAUCAUAAUUUUGUCUUUCACUGAAUGACCACGUUAUAAACCACAGUGAUAUUGCUAUCAAGCAUUGAGUGCUGUAUCAAUCUGCUUCUUUUAUGCACACUGUUACCUACAGGUAGUCAAGUAUUUCCAAAGGAUACUAACACAAGAUAUACUAUCAGUACAACCCAGUGAAACAGCAGUCAAACCACAUUUCUGUUGUUAAAUUUACAGUAAAGCACACGUAGAAUAUGAAGCACAUUAACAAAGGCAGCAUUUGGUCACCAUCAACAUUACAACUCUGUAUUGUCUGCUUUUGUCUGUAAUGUACCUCUCACAAUAAGAACAAAAACCUUGACAUAUUUAGAGCACUCAAAGAAAGUAAAAACUGCACCUUUCUGAUCCAAUAAUAGAUAAGUUGGUAUACAGUCUGACUUUUACCAUGUCUUAUAGUCUACACUUGUUGCACAGCUUAUUUCAGAGGCAACCUUUGCCAGCAAUAAUGCCAUUAUUGAGUGACACAAACACACUGUAACACAUGUGGUUACUGAGCCAAAAGUAAAAAUAGGUAGAACAUUGCUUAUUCUAUCAAGCAAUGUUGAACAUGUGCCUCAGUACACCUCGAUGCUUCCAGCUUGCUGAAUGUAAAAUAUGCCCUCAUCUCUGUAUGGCUAUGCAGGUAGCUUAAUCCAUGUCUUAAUGGCGUAUGUCUUUGUGAAACGGUAACAAAUUAUCUGGUUUCUUAUUCCAUAUUUAUCAUACUCAUGCUUCAGGGGGAUCUCAACCUUUCAUUUGAGAAAAUUUGUGGGAAUUUUAUUGUAUUUGAUUGAUAGCAUCUCUUUUGAGUGUCAGCCUUUGUUGGAAAAUUAAUAAAAGAAUGUUG